GAUGGCAGAUGAAGAUGAAGCAAGCAGGUGUGUGACAAAGAACUGCCGUAUUCCUCCCGCGUUUUGGGGGGACAAGAAGAUCUGACAGAAAACAGGACAGUGCUUCAUCCAUCAGGAGUGGAGGAAGAGGAGGAGGACAUGCACUUCUCCAAACUGAAGUGUUUCUUCAUGACCAUCACGAGCUCACUGAUGCUUUGAUUCAGUCAGAACUCAUUCACUUAUUCAACUGGAGUGAGUGUUUGGGGCCGUUUCUCUGUUUCUGAUCUGGAAUAUAUGUGCUUUUAAAAUGGGAAGAAUGAAAAAACAAGUGGAGGAUAGGAUAUGAAUCUGAAAUGGACAAUGAGUGUGUGUGAGGUAGAGAUGGCAGAGCUCUGGAUCCCCAUCACAAGCUCUCAUCAAAUGCUCCAGUUUGGAUAACGCAACCACAACGCCAUAGCACACACACACACACACACACACACACACUCAGAGGGCGAGGACCCCUCACAAAACGCAAGGGUCUGAGGAAACCGAAGUGCUUCUACUGGUGAUUGGAUUUGACCCAACAUCACUACAACUAAACCACCCACCACCCUGGACUCGUACUACUACUAAACCGCUCCAAAAAGAGGGGGAACAUCAAAUUGGAAAAAUAGGAAAGUGGAGCGCUAAAGAGGAUGAGCGUGGGUCGGAUGGGUCGCUACAGUAUCGUGUCGACGGAGGAGGAUGCUCUGCGUUUAACCACCAUGCAUGGCGGAGGGAUGAAUGGAUACGGCAACGGCAAAAUCCACACCCGACGGAAAAGUCGCAACCGCUUCGUGAAGAAGAAUGGACAGUGCAAUGUGCAGUUCACCAACAUGGACGAGAAGUCCCAGCGCUACCUGGCGGACAUAUUCACCACUUGCGUGGACAUCCGCUGGCGCUACCUAGUGAUCGUUUUCACGCUAGUCUUCGUGAUUUCCUGGUUGGCGUUCGGCUUGGCGUUUUGGGUUCUCGCGCUUCUCCACGGUGAUCUGGACAACCCGGCGGGCGACGACAACUUCACGCCGUGCGUUCUGCAGGUGAACGGUUUCAUCGCGGCGUUCCUGUUCUCAAUCGAGACGCAAACGACCAUCGGUUAUGGGUUCCGCUGCGUGACGGAAGAAUGUCCUCUCGCGGUGUUUCUCGUGGUCUUCCAGUCCAUCGUGGGCAGCAUCAUCGACUGCUUCAUGAUCGGAGCGAUCAUGGCCAAAAUGGCGCGUCCUAAGAAGCGGGCGCAGACUCUGUUGUUCUCGCAAAACGCCAUCAUCGCCAUGCGUGACGGGAAACUGUGCUUGAUGUGGCGGGUGGGGAACCUGCGAAAGAGUCACAUCGUCGAGGCGCACGUCCGAGCACAGCUCAUCAAACCGCGGGUUACCGUCGAAGGCGAGUACAUCCCACUCGACCAGCUGGACAUCAAUGUCGGGUUCGACAAAGGGCUGGACCGCAUCUUCCUAGUCUCGCCAAUCACAAUCCUGCAUCAAAUCGACCAGGAGAGUCCUCUGUUCGGCGUCGCUAAGCAGGAUCUCGAAACGGCGGAUUUUGAGAUCGUGGUCAUCUUGGAGGGAAUGGUGGAGGCGACGGCCAUGACGGCACAGGCGAGAAGCUCCUACUUGGCUAGCGAGAUCCUCUGGGGGCAUCGGUUCGAGCCGGUGCUGUUUGAGGAAAAGAACCAAUACAAGGUCGAUUACUCUCACUUCCACAAGACCUACGAGGUGCCGUCCACCCCUCGCUGCAGUGCCAAGGACAUGAUGGAGAACAAGUACCUGGUGGUGCCCAGCGCCAACUCCUUCUGCUACGAGAACGAGCUGGCGAUCCUGAGCCACGAAGAGGAGGACGACGACAGUCCGGAAAGGAUAAAGCCAGAGCGAGCGAGGAGCCUCAGCCCGGAGAGAACGCCUCGACACGAUUUCGAACGACUGCAGAACCCUCGCUGCGCGGAGCAAAGGUCAUACCGAAGGGAGUCAGAGAUAUGAACCUUUAACUAUGACCUUUUUGAUACUUUCGUUCCUGGAGACACUGGAGCUUCUAAAAUGCAGAACAAUGCAAAGUGCCAUACGCAGAGAGUGAGCGAGUGAAUGAAUGAGCAAUGAACAAACGGGUGAAUGUGUGAAAGCUGGAGCGACGUGUAGCGGAGGGGAGAUGCCGAUUCGAAGAGAGAGAGAGAGGCAGUAGGAAUCUUUUUAUCCUGCACGGAAAACUUGAAUCUUUUCCUCGUUUUGUUUCAUGAUACUAGUUUAGCUGUUAAACUCUUGAUUCUUAAAGGGAUAGUUCACCAAAAAAAAUUAUUCUGAAAAAGUGAUUUAGUUACACAACUGGAAUACAAAUGGAUCUAUUUUAAAAAAGUUAUAAUAACAAAAAGAU